GUGUCCGUGCCAGAGGAGACCGCAGAGACGGAUCCAGAUGACGAUAGGGUGGAGAUGCUUUUUUUCUCGGUGGAAGCGCUGUGGGCCGUCGCCAAAGUGGGGAAGUACGAGACAGAUGAGGAUGACAUCGUGGGGCUAACGAGCUACCUGACCGAGGAGCCCGAUACGUCGGUGUUCGGAAGGAGUGAGGUGAUCUCGGAUGAUGACGCGAUGGAGGCUUGGAUCACCCAGGGGACGAACUACGGCAGAGCAACGGCGGAGGUUGUGAAAUCUCUGCAACCCGAGAGGGUGAUGCAGGUUGGCUUCGCGGCGGAAGCGUGGAAGAUGCUGAGCGAGCAACGUGUCGCGGGGAAUCCAGGACACGAGGGCGACGCGGUCGUGCUGAGCUUCUACGAGGACGGCACCGCGAAGGCGGUCAUCGAGAGAGACGACAGCACCUUGAUGCCGGCCGAGAAGAUCGAACACCGUGAAGCCCUUCGAGCGGCUCGUCUGAAAGAGUUGCGUAGCUAG